AUGGUCAAGGUUGGUAUCGUGGGCGCCACGGGCGCCGUCGGGCAGGAGAUCCUCGCUGUCCUCCAUGACCGCAAGUUUGCCGUCACGAGCGUGCACCUCUUCGCCUCGGCGCGCUCGGCGGGCAAGGUCGUCGAGACGCCGUUCGGGCCGUCCGAGGUCCAGCUCUUCACGGUCGAGGCCGCGCGGGCCAUGGACUAUGUCUUCCUCGCGGUAUCUGGCUCGUUUGCGCUGGAGCACGCCGAGGCGAUUGCGGCGCCUGGCGGUGCGGUUGUCAUUGACAACUCGUCGGCGUUCCGCAUGCAGCCAGCUGUCCCGCUUGUGAUCCCCGAGAUCAACGGCGCGUCCAUUGGCUCGAAGCGGCUGAUUGCGAACCCCAACUGCACGACGGCGAUUGCGGUCAUGGCGCUCUGGCCGCUGCACUGCCACUAUGGCAUCGAAAAGAUGAUCGUGUCGACGUACCAGGCCGCGAGCGGCGCCGGCGUCGAGGGCAUGGACGAGCUGCUCAACACGACCAAGGACGCACUCGCAGGCGCCUCGCCAUCCCACAAGGUGUUUGCGCAUCCGCUGGCGUUCAACGUGAUUCCGCACAUUGACGUCUUCCAGCCCAACGGGUACACGAAGGAAGAGAUGAAGGUGACGUGGGAGACCAACAAGAUCUUUGACGAAGCCAACAUGAAGAUCAGCUGCACGGCCGUGCGUAUCCCGAUCUUGCGUGCGCACUCGGAGGCGAUUACGAUCCAGACCAAGCGCCCGAUCGCGCCCGCCGAUGCCCUCGCGCUACUGCGCCAGGCCGACGGCGUCGACGUUGUCGAUGAGCCCUUGGCCAACAAGUACCCGAUGCCUCUGAACGCCACGUCCAAGUACAACAUUGAAGUCGGCCGCGUGCGCCAGAGCAUCGUCUUUGAGGAGCACGGUCUGGACCUGUUUGUCUCGGGCGACCAGCUCCUCCGCGGCGCCGCACUCAACGCCGUACUCAUCGCCGAGUACCUCGAGAAGCCGUACCCGUCCAAGUUUGCCAAGCAAGUCGCAUAG